UAUAAAUUCGGCCUCCCGUUCCUUUUCCAUCUCUCACGAAAAGUUUCUCCAUUACACCAAGAAACGAGCAUUUAUUUUUCUAGGGUUUAAUUAAGUUCUCUUCUUCAAAUCAGCCGCAUUCAUAUUUCUGGAUUAUUAAAGGCCGAUUCUGAUUCUUGAGGGAUUAUUUGGUUUUAAAAUUUAAAUAUUGAUAUUCAAAGAAAUUAAUGAUCUAAUGGAGUCUAAAGGUGGGAAGAAGUCUAGUAGUAAAUCCUUAUCAUACGAAGCACCCCUCGGAUACAUCAUUGAAGACGUUCGACCAAACGGUGGCAUCAAGAAGUUCAGAUCUGCUGCUUACUCUAACUGCGCUCGCAAACCAUCCUGAUAUUCCUCAACUAGUCUCCUGAUACGUCUAUUGACGUGUUAAAAGUGUAGUGAUAGUAGAUUUAAAUUUUUGUUUGUUCGCGAGCUCCUUUUCUUCAUUCUUCGUCUACUUUCUUGUUUGCUCUCUUCAUUUCUCAAAAAAAUUAUUGUUCGUAGAAAUGGCUUUGUCCGUCUCUGCAAUUGGUUUUGAAGGUUUCGAAAAGAGGCUUGAAAUCUCAUUUUUUGAGCCUAGCAUCUUCAUUGAUCCUGAAGGGAAUGGUCUUCGAUCACUUUCUAAAACACAAUUGGACGAGAUUCUUGAACCUGCCGAGUGCACCAUUGUUUCUUCGCUUUCGAAUGAAUCUCUUGAUUCAUACGUCCUCUCUGAGUCGAGUCUUUUUGUUUAUCCUUACAAGUUAAUCAUCAAAACCUGUGGGACAACAAAGCUGCUAAGAUCGAUACCGCCUAUAUUGAAGUUAGCUGGAUUCCUCUCUCUUUCAUUGCGAGCUGUGAGAUAUACUCGUGGAAGCUUCAUUUUCCCAGGAGCUCAGUCUUAUCCCCAUCGUAACUUCUCGGAAGAAGUUGCUGUACUAGAUAGCUAUUUUGGGGAACUUGGUUCUGGCAGCAAGGCGUAUGUUAUGGGUAGUUCUGAGAAACAACAAAAUUGGCACGUUUAUUCUGUUUGUGCUGGAUCUAUUGAAUCUCUUAACCCUGUUUACACAUUGGAGAUGUGUAUGACUGGUUUAGACAGGGAGAUGGCUUCUGUAUUUUACAAGAGCGACUCGAGCUCUGCAGCUUCGAUGACCAAUACAUCUGGUAUAAGAAAGAUCCUCCCUAAGUCUGAUAUAUGUGAUUUUGAAUUUGAGCCUUGUGGUUAUUCCAUGAAUUCCAUCGAAGAAGCUGCAAUUUCUACUAUUCAUGUUACUCCAGAAGAUGGGUUUAGUUAUGCAAGCUUUGAAGCUGCUGGUUACAAUUUGAAAGAUGUGAAUCUGAGCAUGUUAAUUGAAAGGGUUUUAGCAUGUUUUCGUCCAAAGGAGUUUUCUAUUGCUGUGCACGUUGACAACGGUGUUAUGUUAUUUGAUAACAUUUAUUUUCUAGACUUGAAGGGCUACUCUGUCAAUGAGGAAUGCCAUGAACAGCUGGGAUAUGGCGGUUCUAUUGUCUACCAGAAGUUUGUUCAGACUGCGUAUUGUGGGUCACCGAGGUCCAUUCUGAAAUGUUUUAGCGACGAAGAAGAAGAAAAGGAGUAGUGUCUAAUAAUAUGUUUCGUGUGUUUGUUGUUAUUCUGUUGCUUAGUUCUACCAUGUCUUUGAAUCUUGUUUGGUUUUUAAACUUCUACCGUGUGUUUUAACGGUCAUUUGACGUUAUAUUGAGUUUGAUGUUUCUGAAUAAAUUGUGUUACUGUUUUGUUGGUAA